CACUUUGGUGGGGCUACUGUUGGACCAAUGCCAAGAGUCGGAGGUGGUAUGUUUUCCCUGCCAUCAGAAUUCGUAAAUUUUCCCUGCAGCGCUGGAGGAGUGGACCGUAUCGAUGGUGUUAGCAGAGCUGUAUUUGAUUGCAGGGUCCGUCCCAAUACGUUCCGGAAGUUGCUCGGUGUCGUAGGCACACAUCCAAGUAACGGGCUAGUUCGGCCACCAAUCGUACCCAGAACAGGAAGCAGUGGUGGUGAUACGCCCGGCGACAGCGUGGAUCCAACACGAUGUUGAUUACGGUACAUUUCAAUAACUCGAGCAUUUCUCGCUCGUUCAGCUUCCAUAACUUGUAAGGUCUCUUGAAGUUCCUUAUUCUCCCUACUCAAAUCAUCUAUUGUUUUCUUAUAGUCUGCUAUUGAAGCCGUCAUUUCGUCAAUGAGUGACUCCUUCAUUUUCAGGUCAGCCGCCAUCUCGUCUUUCCUUUCAUCCAAGCUCCUUUCCGAUGGGCUCCGAAUGUCCCCCUUCAAAUAUUUGGAUAUGACGUGA